AUGUUUUCAAGUAUAAUCCUUGCGGUCUUCUCCAUCAUCGUCCUAGUCUAUGUCAGGAAGAAACCCCGACGAACUCUACCUCUUCCUCCUGGACCUAGGAAGUACCCAAUCAUCGGGGAUUUAUUGGUUGUACCGGACGAAAGUCAUUGGGUUGCAUAUGAUAGGAUCGCAAAGGAAUGUAACUCGGAUAUACUUCACUUUAGUGUAUUCGGCAACUCAGUGAUCGUCUUGAACUCCUUCGCGGCAGCCAGUGAUGUCCUAGAUCGACAAUCCUCCAUUUCGUCAAGUAGGCCUGAAGGCACGAUGAUCAAUGAAGUCAUGGGUUGGAAGUCCAUGUUCAGCGUUCAACCGUACGGUCAGCAGUGGCGAGAUCAUCGGAAGGUUUUCUGGCAAGAGUUCCAUCCCGAGCAUGGUAGAUUGCACCAUCGCCCCAUUCAACUCCGUUGCUCUCGGGACCUCAUUCGGCAUCUCUACGAAUCACCCCUCGAUUUUCAGACACACAUCCGCCACAUGAUUGCGUCCUCCAUCCUCAUGGUCGUAUACGGUGUGGAUGUUCAGGAGAAGGAUGACCCAAACAUCACCUUGGUUGAGGAUGCCCUCAAGCACCUCGACUUAGGAUUUAUAGGUACCUACAUGGUCGACAUUUUUCCCUUCCUCAAACACAUUCCUCGAUGGAUACCAGGUGCAGGAUUCCAGAUCAUCGGAGAAAACGCAACGCGGGACCUGAACCUGUUGGUCGAUGUUCCAUAUUCGCAAACGCGCAGGUUGCUUGCAAAAGGACGCGGAGAAUCAAGCUUAAUCUGUCGGGCCUUGAAUCGUGGUUCGAUACCAGACGGAGGGCCGGAGGAGGGUAUCAUCAAGAACACAGCAGCAACAGCAUAUCUUGGUGCUAACGAGACUUCCAAAUUCUCAAUGACGCUAUUCAUUGCUCUUAUGGCACUCAACCCAGAUAUACAAGAGCGAGCCCAGCGAGAACUUGAUCAAUAUCUUGACCAUCGCCUCCCAGAGUUUGAAGAUGAGUACUAUCUACCAUAUACGUCUGCGGUGAUGCUGGAGGUGCUAAGGUUGGAGCCCAUCACUCCCCUUGGCCUACCACGUAGCCUCGUCUCCGAUGGUGAUUACAAAGGAUAUCAUCUCCCAAGCGGAUCCGUUGUCUUCUGCAAUCUUUGGGCGAUUCUCCGCGAUGAAACGGUGUUCUCUGAACCGGAAGAAUUCAAACCUUCGCGAUUUUUGAUAGACGGACAGAUUGACCCCCGCCUGAAAGACUAUUUCAUGACUGCUUUCGGCUUUGGGAGGAGGAUUUGUCCAGGUCGAUAUUUUGCGAUGGAUAAUCUUUGGUUAAAUAUGGCGUCGAUUCUCUCUGUCUUUACGAUUGGCAAGGCCGUUGACGAGAAUGGCCAAGAAAUCGACAUCAAUCCCGAAUAUACAACCAAUCUCAACCGUCAUGUGCUCCCAUUCAAGUGUUCGAUCAAACCGCGCUCUGAAAGAGCCGAAGAACUAAUUCGUGAAUGCCGUCGACUUUGA